AGAACUUGAAGGACAAUUCAUUACUCACUCAAGUGCCCCAUUACUUCUAUCCUAGACAGUAUUUAGUAGCCAGUUUUAACUAAAUAUAUUGUUUGACCCGUCGAAGUCCCAGCAUCAGAAACAAUGGGAAGGACCCUAACAUACCCAAAGCGGCCGUCGAACACGGUCAACCGUUACAAACAUCGAGCAACUUAUGACCUGGGUGCCAUUCAUGAAAUUAUCAACUCCACCCAAGUUCUCCAUGUUUCCUUCAGCCCCGGACCAUCGGAGCCAUUCCCGGCCAUCUUGCCUAUGAUCGGACAGAUGGGAUCAUUCGACUAUCCUUCAGCUAGCAUCGACGAGCCCCUUGAUUGUUAUCUUCAUGGCUAUGUCAGCUCCCGCAUCAUGAACCUGGCUCGAGAUGCUGAAGGAGAAGGACUACCCAUCUGCGUGGCUGCUAGCAAGGUAGACGGGCUGGUUUUGUCUCUGACACCGAACUCCCACAGCUACAACUAUCGAUCUGCAAUUCUUCAGGGCUAUGCUAAGCUAGUGACUGACGAAGCCGAGAAGCUCUACGCCAUGGAGCUGAUCACUAAUUCGGUGCUUUCGGACCGCUGGGCGCAUACGCGCGUCCCACCAGACCGUGCUGAAAUGUCUUCGACCGUCAUCCUUAAGGUCAAAAUCAUGAGCGGCAGUGGUAAGAUUCGAGAUGGCAGUGUCUCGGAUGAAAAGAAAGAUACAGGCAGUGAAGAGGUCACGAAUCGUGUUUGGACUGGUGUUGUUCCCGUCUGGGAGACAUUUGGUGAGCCUGUUCCUAGUACCGGGAACAAGGUACCUGAAGUACCAGGCUAUGUGAAGUCAUUUGUUGCUGCGAAGAACGACGAGAAUCGCGCUUAUGCGGAGAAGGCUGUGGGUAUUGAGCUCCCCCCAGAGGAACAACACUGAUAGCUGAGGAGCGAUAAUGCUUAAGCGAUGUACUCAUGGAUUGUAUCUAGCAUUUCUGCUUUAUAAAGUUAGCUUAUGCUAUUAUAAAGGACGGUUCUUAGUUGUCCUAUUGUGGGGAGAAAGUAUAAAAUGCCCAGCUUAGACCCUGCGGGGUAUUGUAGCCUUGCUGCCGUG